CUACUGAAAUAGCAGUUUGUUAAAUAAGGAAAGCAAAACUGAGAAGCAAUCCGUUCACAUUUCACAAGCAGCCAGGCAAGACAAGAACAGCAGCAAGAGGUAGUUAUGAGACAUACCCUUCUCAGAGAUAAGUACAGCAGCCCCACAAAGCCUCCUUACCUUGCUAAAGGAACCUACAAGGAAAUGGGAGGAUUUAUUUGAGAAGGAGCUCAGAAGGACUCAGAAACAGUUACUCAAAGAAGCAAGGGACAAGCACUACUUCACAUUGGGGAGAACAAGUCAGGAGACACCAGAUGAACCUAUUCACCCAGCAAACUGUGAUACUUUGGCUCUGUGUUGCUGUCACGCUCACGACAGAGCUGGUGAAGCUAAGCACUGUUGACUCUCUGAUUGUGCCAUGUCACCAGAGUGUUACCCUCCAAUGCAGAAUCUCCACCUUCCAGGAGGGGCUGUCAAUCAAUCAUCUGGCCUGGGUCGGGCAGGACGGGAAGUGCCUGUGUGAUGUUAACGCGACUGGAGUGAUGGGGACCCACCCAGGGAACACACCUAGUGCCAUGGAGUGUAGUUAUACCCCACAGACACAGCUGACCCUGACUCUGCUGCAGGUACAGCCACUGGAGCAGGGAAAGUACUUGUGCAAGCUGCGCUCCAAUCAAGGAGUAAAGGAGGUCACCACAACGGUGAAGCUGCAAGAGUGCUACAGGGAGGCCCAGUCCAGCGUCAGUGAUGAGGGCCCAACCUGCACCUUCACUGAGGUCUACCCUGACGGAGAGGUGCACUGGUUCCAGGGACACAACAAUGUGACUGGGGACCCUAAAAUCAAAACUAAACAAGUGAAGGAUGGAACAUUUUUGACAAUAACUAGUUCUAUGAAUAGAAAGACCAUCUCUGGGGAAGGGGCCUACAACUGCUCCCUGUGGAUCCCCAGUACCGGAGCCUACCUGACCAGCAGCUUGGUACCAGAGCAUGGUGAAGCCAGGGUUGAGGAGCCCAAUGCCAACGGGGCAGGGGCCAUUAGUCCUGUGUGGAAAACCUUUCUAGUCCUCCUGAAUACUCUCUUCCUGGUGUGAUGUCUGAAAACGAACAUUAGCAAAUGGACCAGGAAGCGCCAGGAUCAAUUAAUAAAAUUAUGGAAGAGCCAUUGUGUGAGGUUCCUUUCAUGGUCCAAAAGUUUCCUUGGCUGCGUAGAACAAGGAAAUGAUGUCCAGAUGAGAGAGGCUGAUAACCUGGUGGAAAACAGGUAGAACUGUCAACCUAUUGUGAACGCACCCUUGUUGGUCUGCCAGUGCCAGGUGUAUGUGAUUGUUAAUUAAAACGGCAAGCAGCAGUAGAAACAAUAACAAAGCUUACUUCACCCCCAUUUCGGUAAAAAGCUGAUGGAUGGGGCUGGAGAAAUGUAACCAUUUCAAAUUCAUAGAGAGAGCUUUGGAUGCAUGGACCCGCAAAACACCAGUCAACAGUGAUGAGGCGACUCCGGGAUGCUGGCCUUCAGGCAGACCUCCUUUGUCCAGUGUCUGUUAUUUUGCCCAUCUUCAUCUUUUCUUUUUAUUGACCAGUCUGAGAUAUGGCUUUUUCUCUGCAACUCUGCCUAGAAGGCCAGCAUCCCGGAGUCGCCUCUUCACUGUUGACGUUGAGACUGGUGUAUUGCAGGUGCUAUUUAUUGAAGCUGCCAGUUGAGGACUUGUGAGGCGUCUGUUUCUCAAACUAGACACUCUAAUGUACUUGUCCUCUUGCUCAGUUGUGCACCGGGGCCUCCCACUCCUCUUUCUAUUCUAGAGUCAGUUUGCGCUGUUCUGUGAAGGGAGUAGUACACAGCGUUGUACGAGAUCUUCAGUUUCUUGGCAAUUUCUCGCAUGGAAUAGCCUUCAUUUCUCAGAACACGAAUAGACUGACGAGUUUCAUUAGAAUUUUCAGCUGUGCUAACAUAAUUGCAAAAGGGUUUUCUAAUUAUCAAUUAUCCUUUUAAAAUGAUACACUUGGAUUAGCUAACACAACGUGCCAUUGGAACACAGGAGUGAUGGUUGCUGAUAAUGGGCCUCUACGCCUAUGUAGAUAUUCCAUAAAAAAUCUGCCGUUUCCAGCUACAAUAGUAAUUUACAACAUUAACAAUGUCUACACUGUAUGUCUACACUGUAUUUCUGAUCAAUUGUAUGUUAUUUUAAUGGACAAAAAAUGUGCUUUUCUUUAAAUAACAUAUAUAUAUAUAUAUAUAUAUUGAGGAAUGGACCAAUGGACCAGACAACAUGAUAAAAAUAUAUAUAUAUAUAUAAUUAUUUUAUCAUGUUGUCUGGUCCAUUCCAUUCCUCAAUAGGUGGCCUGUCACAAAUAUAUCUUAUACUACUUCUACUAAUAUCUUAGACUAAUUGAGGUGUUCCCCCUUAUUAACAGGAACUUUUAGUAGUCUGGUAAUUGUGCCGUUUUAGGUGUCCCUAGUCAGCAAGUGUUCAAUAUACACUGGGUGUACUAAACAUUAGGAACAUCUGCUCUUUCCAUGCCAUGGACUGAAAAGGUGAAAGCUGUACACACUUAUCGAUGUCCCUUGUUACAUCCACUUCAAUCCGUGUAGAUGAAGGGGAGGAGACGGGUUAGAGGGUUUUGAAGCUUUGACACGUGGGUGGUGUAUGUGUGCCCUUCAGAGGGGGACCGGGCAAGACACAACAUUUAGGUGCUUUUGAACAGGGUAUGGUAGUAGGUGCCAGGCACACCGGUUUGUAUCUAGAAAUGCAACGCUGCUGGGGAUUUUCACGCUCAAGUUUCCCGUGUGCAUCAAGAAUGGUCCACCAACCCAAAGGACAUCCAGCCAACUUGACACGACGGUGGAAUGCUUUUGACACCUUGUUGGUUUCUCCACGCAUCGCGCCGACAGAAACAAACAUCUUUCUGGUAAGAAGAGGGGCGGGGGCGUAUGCCUUAUGGCUAACGAGACGUGGUGUGGUCACAAAAGCAUACAGGAACUCAAGUCCUUCUGUUCACCUGAUUUAGAAUUCCUCACAAUAAACUGUCGACCGCAUUAUCUACCAAGAGAAUUCUCUUCGAUUAUAAUCACAGCCGUAUAUAUUCCCCCCCAAGCAGACACAUCGAUGGCUCUGAACGAACUUUAUUUGACUCUUUGCAAGCUGGAAUCCAUACAUCCUGAGGCUGCAUACAUUGUAGCUGGGGAUUUUAACAAGGCUAAUCUGAAAACAAGACUCCCUAAAUUGUAUCAGCAUAUCGAUUGCGCAACCAGGGCUGGCAAAACCUUGGAUCACUGCUAUUCUAACUUCCGCGACGCAUAUAAGGUCCUGCCCCGCCCUCCUUUCGGAAAAGCUGACCACGACUCCAUUUUGUUGAUCCCUGCCUACAGACAGACUAAAACAAGAAGCUCCCACGCUGAGGUCUGUUCAACGCUGGUCUGACCAAUCUGAUUCCACACUCCAAGACUGCUUCCAUCACGGGGACUGGGAUAUGUUUCGUAUUGCGUCAGACAACAACAUUGACGAAUACGCUGAUUCGGUGUGCGAGUUCAUUAGAACGUGCGUUGAAGAUGUCGUUCCCAUAGCAACGAUUAAAACAUUCCCUAACCAGAAACCGCGGUUUGAUGGCAGCAUUCGAGUGAAACUGAAAGCCGAACCACUGCUUUUAAUCAGGGCAAGGUGACCGGAAACAUGAUCGAAUACAAACAGUGUAGCUAUUCCCUCCGCAAGGCAAUCAAACAAGCUAAGCGUCAGUAUAGAGACAAAGUAGAAUCUCAAUUCAACGGCUCAGACACAAGAGGUAUGUGGCAGGGUCUACAGUCAAUCACGGAUUACAAAAAGAAAACCAGCCCCGUCACGGACCAGGAUGUCUUGCUCCCAGGCAGACUAACUAACUUUUUUGCCCGCUUUAAGGACAAUACAGUGCCACUGACACGGCCUGCAACCAAAACAUGUGGCCUCUCCUUCAUUGCAGCCAAGGUGAGUAAAACAUUUAAACGCGUUAACCCUCGCAAGGCUGCAGGCCCAGACGGCAUCCCCAGCCGCGCCCUCAGGGCAUGCGCAGACCAGCUGGCUGGUGUGUUUACGGACAUAUUCAAUCAAUCCCUAUCCCAGUCUGCUGUUCCCACAUGCUUCAAGAGGGCCACCAUUGUUCCUGUUCCCAAGAAAGCUAAGGUAACUGAGCUAAACGACUACUCACUUCCGUCAUCAUGAAGUGCUUUGAGAGACUAGUCAAGGACCAUAUCACCUCCACCCUACCUGACACCCUAGACCCACUCCAAUUUGCUUACCGCCCAAAAUGGUCCACAGACGAUGCAAUCUCAACCACACUGCACACUGCACACUGCCCUAACCCAUCUGGACAAGAGGAAUACCUAUGUGAGAAUGCUGUUCAUCGACUACAGCUCGGCAUUUAACACCAUAGUACCCUCCAAGCUCGUCAUCAACACCCUGGGUCUCGACCCCGCCCUGUGCAACUGGGUACUGGACUUCCUGACGGGCCGCCCCCAGGUGGUGAGGGUAGGUAACAAUAUCUCCACCCCGCUGAUCCUCAACACUGGGGCCCCACAAGGGUGCGUUCUGAGCCCUCUCCUGUACUCCCUGUUCACCCACGACUGCGUGGCCACGCACGCCUCCAACUCAAUCAUCAAGUUUGCGGACGACACAAGUGGUAGGCUUGAUUACCAACAACGACGAGACGGCCUACAGGGAGGAGGUGAGGGCCCUCGGAGUGUGGUGUCAGGAAAAUAACCUCACACUCAACGUCAACAAAACUAAGGAGAUGAUUGUGAACUUCAGGAAACAGCAGAGGGAACACCCCCCUAUCCACAUCGAUGGAAUAGUAGUGGAGAGGGUAGCAAGUUUUAAGUUCCUCGGCAUACACAUCACAGACAAACUGAAUUGGUCCACCCACACAGAUAGCAUCGUGAAGAAGGCGCAGCAGCGCCUCUUCAACCUCAGGAGGCUGAAGAAAUUCGGCUUGUCACCAAAAGCACUCACAAACUUCUACAGAUGCACAAUCGAGAGCAUGCUGGCGGGCUGUAUCACCGCCUGGUACGGCAACUGCUCCGCCCACAACCGUAAGGCUCAUCACCGGGGGCAAACUACCUGCCCUCCAGGACACCUACACCACCCGAUGUUACAGGAAGGCCAUAAAGAUCAUCAAGGACAACAACCACCCGAGCCACUGCCUGUUCAUCCCGCUAUCAUCCAGAAGGCGAGGUCAGUACAGGUGCAUCAAAGCUGGGACCGAGAGACUGAAAAUCAGCUUCUAUCUCAAGGCCAUCAGACUGUUAAACAGCCACCACUAACAUUGAGUGGCUGCUGCCAACACACUGACUCAACUCCAGCCACUUUAAUAAUGGGAAUUGAUGGGAAAUUAUGUCAAAUAUAUCACUAGCCACUUUAAACAAUGCUACCUAAUAUAAUGUUUACAUACCCUACAUUAUUCAUCUCAUAUGUAUAUACUGUACUGUACUCUGUACUCUAUAUCAUCUACUGCAUCUUUAUGUAAUACAUGUAUCACUAGCCACACUAACUAUGCCACUUUGUGUACAUACUCAUCUCAUAUGUAUAUACUGUACUCGAUACCAUCUACUGUAUCUUGCCUAUGCCGCUCUGUACCAUCACUCAUUUAUAUAUCUUUAUGUACAUAUUCUUUAUCCCCUUACACUUGUGUGUAUAAGACAGUAGUUUUGGAAUUGUUAGUUAGAUUACUUGUUGGUUAUUACUGCAUUGUCGGAACUAGAAGCACAAGCAUUUCGCUACACUCGCAUUAACAUCUGCUAACCAUGUGUAUGUGACAAAUAAAAUUUGAUUUGAGUCCA